CUCCCGCACCAGCGGCCCGGCCGGCAGCGCCCACGCACCGCGGGCACCCGCCUGCCUUUCCCCGCCGCAUCCCGCCCCUUGUGUGCCCCCCUGCUUUGGCCGGGACUCUCCGCCGGGAUCAGCGUUGCUGCUGCUGUUGUGUUGUUGUUGGCCGGCGCGGCCGCAUCGAGGAUAUUUUGGCUCGCCCAGAGGCAGCGGCGCCUCGAUCCCUUGGACGCCGCGUGUGGGGCCGGGGCCGCCGCCGGGGAGGGAGCGCAGGAGCGCCGGCAUCGGGGGCCAGAUGAGUGACUUUGGGGUCAGGAACAUGGAUCAAGUGGCUCCUGUGUCCAACAUGUACAGAGGAAUGCUCAAGCGUCAGCCAGCGUUUGACACCUUUGACAGCUCCAACUCGCUUUUUGCUGGAUAUUUUUGCUCACUCAGUGAAGACCAAACGCUUCAGGAAGUGCCAACAGGAUUUGACUCCACUUCUUAUGAGUCGAACAACUGUGAAUUGCCUCUGUUAACCCCGUGCAGCAAGGCUGUGAUGAGUCAGGCCCUGAAAGAUACUUUCAGUGGUUUCACAAAGGAACAGUGUCGGCUGGGUAUCCCAAAUAAUCCGUGGCUAUGGACUGAACAACAAGUUUGCCAGUGGCUUUCAUGGGCUACCAAUGAGUUCAGCUUGGCAAAUGUGAAUUUCCAUCAGUUUCUUAUGAGUGGCCAAGACUUGUGCAACCUGGGCAAGGAGCGUUUCCUGGAACUGGCACCUGACUUUGUGGGUGAUAUUCUGUGGGAACACCUGGAGCAGAUGAUAAAAGACAGCCAAGAGAAAACACAGGAUCAGUAUGUGGAGAACUCCCACCUCACCUCGGUUCCUCACUGGGUCAAUAAUAAUUCCUUAACUGUUAACAUAGAUCAGAAUUCCUAUGGAAUGCAAAUGCCUGGAUACCCUAAACCCCUCAGUUAUCCCAAACCCAGUCUCCUGACUGACGUCUGUCAGACUUCCACGGCACCGAAUCUCCUCAACCCAGAACAAGACUUCCCAUUGUUCCCUAAAACCCAAGCAGAUGCUGUUGGUGUGAACUACUGUGCAGUAAACCAAGAUUUCCCAAGGAACAAUCUCAAUUUGCUGAUGGAUAACUCUGGCAAACUGAGAGAGCACGAAUCCAGUGACAGUGGUGCUGAGAGCUAUGAGAGCUCAGAUUCCAUGCUGCAGUCCUGGAACAGCCAAUCCUCCCUGGUGGAUUUGCAGCGUGUGCCAUCCUAUGAGAGCUUUGAGGAUGACUGCAGCCAGUCCCUGUGCCUGAGCAAACCUACCAUGUCCUUCAAAGACUACAUUCAAGAGAGGAGUGAUCCUGUGGAGCAAGGGAAACCAGUUAUACCAGCAGCCAUCCUGGCUGGCUUUACUGGCAGUGGACCUAUCCAGCUGUGGCAAUUCCUUCUGGAGUUACUGACUGACAAGUCCUGUCAGUCAUUCAUUAGCUGGACAGGAGAUGGAUGGGAAUUUAAACUUGCUGACCCAGAUGAGGUGGCACGGCGCUGGGGGAGGAGGAAGAACAAGCCCAAGAUGAACUACGAGAAGCUGAGCCGGGGCCUGCGCUACUACUACGACAAGAACAUCAUCCACAAGACGUCGGGCAAGCGCUACGUGUACCGCUUCGUGUGCGACCUGCACAACCUGCUGGGCUACACCCCCGAGGAGCUGCACGCCAUGCUGGGCGUGCAGCCCGACACCGAGGACUGAUCCCAGAGCCUGGCAGUCCAUCUGGAGUCACCAGUGGUGCAGCCCUGGAUGCUCCUGGGGGCAGCGUUCCAGCUGCCUGCCCUGCCCCACACAGCGCUUUGACACUGCCCUGGAAGGAUGGGUUGGCUGUGGAACCAAAGGUUGGCUGUGAGAAAACCCAGCAGAGCUCUGGCUGGGAUGUUUUUGAAACACCGCCGUCCUCAUGCAGUUUAUUUAAAAACAAACACAAACUAAUUUAUUUGAAAUGAGCAGUAAGGAGAACUGGUAUUACUUUUGUUUUAAAGCACGUUUUGUUAUUGUUAUUAUUAUUGUUACUACUCCAGAAAUUUGCUGCAUAGGUACAUAAACACUCUCGUGUCCAAAACCAGAUGUAGCAACUGUUAACAUAAGAAAACCCCACCCUUUAAAAGAAGGGAAGGAAAAUCAUACCAUUUCAAUAUUCAAUUUGUAUAUAUUCUGUGAUUCCUUUGGAAACUCUGAUGUUCCUAUUUAACAGAUACUGUAUAGUGUAAAUUAAACUAAUUGUAUGUGUGCUUUGAAAUAGGAUGAAUGUAAACUUAUCAAAUGUGGGGUGGGAGGGGGUUUCAUGUUUGUCUAGGAUCUACAACCUUCUGCAAAUAUUGAAUUGGCCUGAGAGACAGCAGAAGUUCUAUGCUCAGUGUGCAUGCAUUGGGGGGGCAGGGAGGGAGGUCGGGCUCAGGAUUUUGCCAGGACUGAAGCUGGCAAUUCUUUGUGCAUUUUGGCAUUUUUACAGGAAACUAAUGUUGUAUUCUGGGACAUAAAAGGGCCUGUUUGUGGUUUCUUCUGUAACUGAAAAAUAAAAAUAUUAAUAUGGGUAAAAGUACCUUUUUUUCUUUAUAAAUGGCAUAUGUUUUUCAACUUCUAUGCAUGUACUUUUGGAAAAAAGUUUAUAUACAAGCCUUAUUUUUUCAGUUCACUUGUCUCUUCCUGCAGUUUAUUCUGUAUGAUUAAAAUAUGAAUUCUAUUUUUGGAAAUAACUGUGACUCCUUUUCAAAGAUCAGGAGGGUUUUAUGUAGCAGCUAUUUUUACUGCAAAAAAAAAAAAAAAGAAAAAAAAACACUGGAAAAACGUACUUUGUAAGAAAGCUUUAUUUUUUAUCUGAGCUUGAUGUACAGUUCAAUGUGUUGUACAGUGUGAGAGGUUUCAAAAUAUGACUCUUCAUUAAAACCUCUUGAAAAGAGAA